AUGCUUAAUAAUUAAAUUCUAUUAAUUUAUUUAUUCAGUAUUGUCAACCCUUACCAUUCUUAUAAUGAGUUUUUUUAUAAGAUAAUCAAAUCAAAUAUAUCGAUUCUAAAGGGUAACUGCUUUUAUUACCUAGUUUCUCCUUAUCAUGUUUUUGAUGACGCCUAAUCUUAUCAUAAAUGUUUCUACUUUAUGGAGUAUGUAUUUAUCAUAUUUUAGAAUAAACUUGCAAUCAGGUAUUUGCAAAGCUGCAAUAAUCUUUGCAGCAAUAUCAUAGUUUAGCAAGUGCUAUUAGAACCACUUAUAAGUUUUGGAAGAAUAAUCAUUUAUAAAAAAUAGCCAGACGUAUAAAAAUUUGAAACCCAAUCCUGUGUUCCAUUUAUUGCACAGUUUUGUAAUUCAUAAUAGAUUUGUCAAAGAUUUUACAAAAUUUGGGNAAUUAUAGACACAUGAUCACAGUAAUUGUUACAUAUUGGGGUUAUUAUGA